AGAAGUAAGUUCUGAUUCCUGUGUCGAGAAAAGUGCGCUCUCAAAGUUUGGAAGUUUUUACGCACAGAGAGGACGUUUGGAAACCAGUGUUUUCCUCCUCGGUAACCAGGAAGAAGAGAAGGGGGGACGGAAAGCUGUUUUUGUAGAAGACUGUGUAGCUACAUUCGGUUUUUGUUUUAUUUUUUUCUUCUAUGUAUACCAAGAUGGAAACUACUUUCUAUGACGACUCACUCAACGCUUUCUCCCAGCACGACAACGCCGGCUACGGAUACAGCAACCCCAAAGCGCUGAAACACAACAUGACACUGAACCUCACCGACCCGCCGAGCGCUCUGAAACCUCACCUCCGCGCCAAAGCUGGCGACAUCCUCACCUCCCCCGACGUGGGUUUGCUGAAGCUGGCCUCUCCGGAGCUGGAGAGGCUGAUCAUCCAGUCCAGCAACGGACUCAUCACCACCACGCCGACCCCGACCCAGUUCCUGUGCCCCAAGAAUGUCACUGACGAGCAGGAGGGCUUCGCGGAGGGGUUUGUGCGCGCCCUGGCUGAGCUCCACCACCAGAACAUGCCGGGCACAACAAACGUGAGUGUCACCUCGACUCCACCGGCAACUGUCAACACUGCGCUGCCGCCUGUUUCAUCUGUUGCCGGUGCCACCGUAUACAACAACAAUGCUGCCAUGCGCUCUGAGUCGCCGGUUUAUGAGGACUUGAACACUUUCAACCCGGCCAUCAGUACCGUGUCGGCACCAAACUACACCACCUCAGCCCCCACUAUGUCCUUCUCUGCUGCCCCACCUCAGCUUCCCAUCUACGGCCAGCCUUCCCCUGCCCAGCUCCCCCGGCUCACUGCGCUCAAAGAGGAGCCCCAAACCGUGCCCGAGAUGCCAGGGGAGACCCCUCCUCUUUCUCCAAUCGAUAUGGAGAGUCAGGAGCGCAUCAAGGCUGAGAGAAAGCGGAUGAGAAACCGCAUCGCUGCCUCCAAAUGCCGGAAGAGGAAGCUGGAGCGGAUCUCAAGGCUGGAGGAGAAAGUGAAGACCCUAAAGUCACAGAACUCCGAGCUCGCAUCCACCGCCAACAUGUUGCGCGAGCAGGUGGCCCAGCUGAAGCAGAAGGUGAUGAACCACGUAAACAGCGGGUGCCAGCUUAUGUUAACGCAGCAGCUCCAGACCUUCUGAGGUGGUGUCAGCGACAGAGGAGAGAGAGAAAAGACUGUAGUUGAAAGAAUAGGACGCUUCCUGUGGUAGUGAGUGUCUGCGACUCCCGAAAUCGUUCCGGUAUUUGGGAUGAUGUGGCGCGACACUGGCGGGACCGGGGACGGUACCAAACUGAGUGCCACGCGCUCCCCAGUGGCGCGUCCUAGAGAUGGGCUCAGGACUGUGACAAUAGCCAUGAACCAGAAGGGACAUGGCAACAGGCAGAAACCCCUUCUGUUUCUGUGUCGUGCUGUUUUUCUUUACAGAACUGGACAGGACUGACGUUUUCUUGAUUUACACCGAGCCCUGCAUGGACUUCAUCAUGACCAUCAAUGGAAAAACUCAGUAUUAGAGGAUUUUUUUUUUUAAAUCACACGCAAUACAGACUUUUCUUGCUGUAGCCAUAAUUAAUGGCCUCACUUUUUAGGCGUGUUGGUCAACUCUAAACGGCUGAAAAGUUGCAACAAAUGCUGCCUGACUCAUGAGUUAAAGUACAAUGUACAUUUUUUUCUUAAUUGUAAGAAAUUAAGUUAGAAAAGCUUCAAGAUUUACUUGUUUUUUUCUAAAGCUGUUAAUGGGGUUUCACUCAUUGUUAUAUGUAUAUAAGAUCAACUUGGAGUACUUAUGUUUACCAUUUGUAAUAAGAAUACUGUAUAAUUUUUUAUGUUUGUUUUCUGAGCACUUAAGAAAUUAAUCAAUAUUUAAGAAAAUAAACCAGAUAAAAUGAA